AUGGAAGAUUUACUGGCGCCCGCUCGAGUCACUCGACGAUCAAUGGGACUACAGGUGACACAGGUGAUAACUGAACUUUAUUGCGUCCAACUGCUCACAGAAAGCGAGCCGUUGGAAACCUCUGCGUUCUGUGUCAACAAAGAUGAGAGUGAACUCGAGGACGAGAACGAAGACGGCGACGAUGAGCAAGAGUGGGAGAAAACGAGUCUAUGA